AUGACAGCCUCAAUCUCGGAAACAUUCUAUGAAAUUCUUUCUGUUGGCCCAGAUGCAGACACGCAACAGAUAAAGAAGGCAUAUCGAAAGAAGAUACUACAGACUCACCCAGACAAGACCAGUGGUUCCGCUAAUAAUAAUGAGGAUACGUCCAGUAGUACAGUGUCGUUGAUUAAGGAAGCGUACGAUACACUUUCUGACCCCACAUUAAGGGAACAGUAUGACCAAGAUUUAACCAAGGCUGCGCAGACCCAAGGUUACAAUUUGAGUGGAGAUGGCUUGGAUACCUAUAGCUUGGAGUCUUUUGAGUACGACGAUUCAAACGAGGCAUGGUUGAAGACUUGUCCCCGAUGUCAGGCUCCGUGCUCAAUUAAGCUAAUAGAAGAAGAUUUGGAGCAAGGAACCGACGAUGGAGAAGGUGGGCUCGAACUUUUGGUCCAGUGUGGGAGCUGCAGUUUAUGGAUCAAGGUAAAGUACAUGGAAGAAGGUGAUGAAGAAGAAGUAGAAGGUAGAUAA